AGAAAGAACAGUCAAAAUGCAGGCAGGGCACAGGACAAAGCACAAUGUUUUACAUGUAAUAAUCAUUUAAAAAAAAGACAUUUUUUAAAUUUCAAAUUUGCCGCCAGUUCCUGUGCCCGUACGUCCCGACGUCACAGGGACCGGAACACGGAAGCCGGAUGCCGGCAUCGGCCGGAGGAGAUGGCCGGGGACGCUGCAGGGGACACAUCGUGGGAGCGAAGGACAAGGUAAGUGCUGCAGGGACUCCAUGAGCAACGCCGCAUGGUAAGCCCGAGUGUAGCUCGGGGUUACCGCUUUUGGUACUGACAU